AUGAACACCUUCCCAGAUCGCACGUUUUCUCAACUCACAGUAGACCCAUCCAAAUACGUUUAUCAUCCAACUCCACAAAGAUCUCCAUUAACAAAGCAAGUCGAUCAACUUGCAUAUCAUAUUCCACAAAACAAAUAUGCCAAGAAUCCGUGGAGUUACGCUCCAGAAUUCCUUAAGGUAUUCACUGACGUUAGAGUACCUGAGGGUGGGAAGGCGGUGUUUGAUUGUGUACUACUGGGGUCACCUAGACCAAGGGUAAGUUGAGAGAGGGAGUGAAAGACGUAACGAGAAAGAGAGAGUAAGAUAGUAAGAGAAAGAUAUACUAUUCUUUGUACCGUACUUUAUGUACUGCUUUAAUAUUUUAGGUAAUUUGGCUGUUCAAUGACGAAAAACUUACUGUGGAAGACGUAGUAAUCGAAGAUACUUCGGAUUUGUGUCGACUUACAAUUCCAUAUGUUCAACCUUAUCACUAUGGUACUUAUACAGUACUAUGUGAGAAUGAAGUUGGUCGUGCUGUCACCAGUGCUACCCUACUGCCAUUUUACGCCGACUAUUGA